GAAAUCACGGACUUACUUGCGAAAGUAUUUCAGUCAGAAUUUGAACAUUUUAACGGAUUUCUUCUGGUAUACACACGCAUAUAUAUUCGUAUAUAAAAAAGAUGUCUCAGCCGUCAGUAACGGCGUAUUUUAAUACACGCAAACGACAAGCAACUGACGAUUUACGAAACAAGGCUAAAGUUUUGCUUCUUGAUCGGGAAGAAUCGAGAGUUGUGAGUAGUCAGAAUCCAACUAACGAAGAUAAUUUGGAGUCAUCGGAAACAUUGACUCCAAUUCAAGAAGAAGAAACAAUGGAAGUAAGUCAGGAGACUAUUGUGAUACCUGGUAAAGAAUUACAGACUGAUCAUACGUUAAAACCUAAUACAGCUGUAAGGAACAUUCAGUUUGAUUCUCCUAAAUCAAGUGCUCAAAAAACGCCUAAACAUAAUGUUCGUGCACGAGUUACACGUACACGAAAAUUAUCUGGUGAAGAAGGACAAGUGGAUAUCAGAGAAAGCUUUCAAAAGAUCACAGAAGACUUGGAUAUAAAGAAAGUGCUCUUUGAAAAGAAAGGUGCACUGAGUCCAAGAAGGAAUCUUCCAGGAACACCUAAGAAGAACAACGAUUCCGGUGAGAGUCCAUUAACUAAUUGUACAACGCCAAAGAAAAGUUCAACUAUGGACAAAACAGCAAAGCGAGAGCUGUCUUUAAAUGAUAUAAAAAAUAAAAUUAAUAAAUCUUCCAAAUUUUCGGAAUUGAAAACUUCUCUUGCUCGGUUCAAAAAUUAUGAACAAAGGCUAGAACAAUUGCAUAAAAAUGAUAAGAAACCCCAAAUACAGAAAUUUGAGAAGAUCCAACUUGAAAUACCUGUUAGCCCACAAAAGGCUUAUAAAUCUCCAAGUAAAAUGUUAUUGAGUCCUUUGAAGGAUAAACAACUAAUGAAUGCUAGUCCUCAACGAAGAAUUUUAUUUGAACCUAAAGAAUCAACUCCAAGCCCUGUGAAAGGUAGCCCAAUAAAAGCACCAGCUUAUCAGCAGUAUUUGUCAAUUGCUGAAAGUGGCACUUCUGGUUUGCCAUUGCCUUAUCAUUAUAGAUUUUUGGCAGAGGCAUUCAGAUGCGUAGAUACAGUUUCUGCAAUGUUGUUCAAUCGUAAAGAAACAAUAACUUUCAAGAAGCUAAAGCCUGCAGUUCAAGAGUUAUUGCGUAAAAAUUUCACGUUGGAACAUCUAGCACAAAUGAAAACCAUUUUUCCUGAUGCAUACAUUUACAGCCAGGAGAAGCAUCGUGCAUUUGGUUCUUCGUCUAAACAGGAUAAAUAUGAAUUACUUCUUACACCUAUUGUUGAAGAAAAAGAUGGGAGAAAUACUCCAGAUGCAGACGAUGUCUUGAAAACAGCAUCUGAAGCUAGUAUGGGACCGCGAGUAUUACUUGACAGACGAAGGAAAUUUUACAAUAUCUUGCUUGAUAAAGUAAAAGAUGAGCAUGAAAAAUUCUUACUUAAUUUGGAGACGCCAAUGCACAUCUCGAAGGAAAAGAUUCUGCGUUGGCAUCCUGAAUUUGAUGUUGAAACUUGUAAAGUAAUUGAACAGGCUGAAUUGCCACAACCACCUAAUGUGGAAAGGAUGACAAGUGCAAAAGAUGUUCUUGAUAAAGCAAAAUCAUUAUUUAAUUGCGGUACUCGCAUGGAGAAAGCAUUGCAGCGAUUAGCAGAAGCAAAGAUGACUUCAAAGACUGUUUCUCCAAAAAAAGAUGAAGUAAGCACGGCUACCCAAACCGAGGGUGGUGUACAAAAGGUUAAUAUUACAAUUGUGGAUACUCCACCUGCUACUCCUACUGUAAACAAGAAUCAUCUUACUAGUGCACUGAAAGGCAUACCAAAGGCUCUUCUUGAGAAAGUUCGUGCUAAACAAGCUGCUAAAGCAUUGGAAGCUAUGACACGUCCACCAAAUGCAGAAAAAGAGGCUGUAAUGUAUUCAAGAUUACCCGAAUUAGUGAAAGUUUUGCGUAAUAUUUUCGUAGCUGAAAAAAAGGGAGUUUUAACAUUAGAAUUUGUAAUUACCAAAUUAGAGAACUCGUUUAGAACUAAAUUAUCUCCUGUUGAACUAGAGGACCAUCUACGUUUAUUGUGUAAACUGCUACCCACGUGGUCUAGCAUACAUAAUGUUCGAAAAGUGGAUUACUUGAAGCUGCAAAAGGAAAUCGAUCUUACAAAAGUAAUAAAAAGAUUAGAAAUUAUGGCUAAUGACAAAGUAAAGUCAUCAUGAUAUUUAUGACAUUAUUGAUCAUUUUUUGCAUCAAAUUAAAUUAUGUGUAUGGUUUUCAAUUCUAAUAAUUUCAUUUAUAUUUUAUAAAGUACAUAUUUAUUAUUAGUUAUUAUUGCAUUAUGUUCAUGUAUUUAAAGAAUUCUAUUUCAAGAAGUAAUUCGAUUAUGAUUAAAAAAAUAAAUCAAGUUCUUUCUUGCUCGAAAAAAAUUUUUAGUAUUAUAUAACGAUAAUACAAUUUUCUAUAUAAUAACUAUAUGCACAUACACACUACAUUUUUUUCAAUUUAGAAGUUUACUAUUAGACUAGAAGUUUAAUUCACUAUCAAAUAUUUAUAUAAAUAUACACAAAUAUAUUAUGUGAUGCAAUCAAAUAUUAAAUAUUUCUGAUGAAAA